AUGCGAAGCAAUUCUUUAGACUUUAGCAGCUUUGAAACCAUGAGCAACCCUGCAACCCUCAAGAAGACGGAGAGAUCCCAUGAAGAAAAUCAAGAGCGAGCCUACAUAGCAGCCUCGCGCCGCACAGACCGCAGCCUCGAGGCUCGCGUACAGUCGGCGCGCAUGGCCAGCGAAAUUCACAAGCGACGCACCGGCAAGAGCUUCCGUAUCACUGAGCAAAUCGUCCUCAAGGAGGAGAUGUACGAGGAGGAAGAUGACGACCUCCCUCGCUCUUACAGAAUUCUCGGCCCUCACAUGCAAACAUCGUCGCCCGAACUCAACUAUAGAGUGCAAGCCUUUAUGCACAACAAAGCUACCAUGUCUGCCAUUGUCGGUCGCACUCACGACGAGUGGAGAAACAACGAUGUCAACAGGCAAUUCGCUGCGUUGUUCCCCCAGCACGCCAACUUCGAAUCACCGCGUCAGGCUUCAAACACGUCGCCUUCUGCUGAGCAUCAACCACAGCAACAUUCUCCCCAACAGACGCAGCAGCACCGGACAGCUUUUCCUCAGCGUCCGCAGCCCGUGCCGCAGCAGUUUCAGCAAAUGCCACCGCACACCGAGCCAUAUGUACCUCCCCAGCAAUUUUACCCUUCACAGCACGACUCUGUACAGCACGCCCGGGCAUUUUCUACCUCUGCUCUGAGCCAAUGCCAGCCCCAACACCCCGACUUCCUAAGACAAGACUCGGGUAUUGGCCUACCCACAUCGCCGCCCGUCUUUCAGCAUUCCCCCCAAGCCGAGUCUCCCAUUGACCUGGGCUCGAGUCGGUCCGCGUUUACGUCUGAGCUACCCGCGGAAGCUAGAAUGAUGAUGAUGGGUGGUCUCGACAUGAACCAAGCCUACGAGCCUACAUCCCAGGACUGGUCCGCCAUGGAUUCUUCGUUUGACAUGGAUGGCAUUCCUCGUGGCUCCAAGAGCGAAGAGGAGCAAGUCAUUUCUCCUACGAGUGAGACGUUUGACAUGUCCAACAUGAUGAUGGCACCGAUGGACGAUUCGACUUGGAACACGUUUAUCAACGACACCGCUUGGGCGGACGGCCAGUAG